ACAAGUGUUAGGUUCAUAGAGGAAUAUAAUGUGAAAAGUCCAAAUCGAUACAGAUUGUGUAUGUGAUCACUAACCGGAUAUCAUGUGAUCUAAUCACAGCGGGAAACAUGUGCGUUGUGGAAUAUACUAGUAACGUGUGCACGUAAUAAAGCCAUUGCAGUCUGAAAUUCCUUCGAGGCAACAAAUUUUUUAGGAGGUUGCAACGUUUUUGUUUUCCCCAACGACGAAAUAGCGAUAUUUGUCUUCUAUUUUAGUCAUUCCAUAAUCGCACAGAAUCGGAAAACAAUGGGGAAGAGGAGAAAGGCCACCACUGAACCGGCUCAGACGCGUUCUCGGGCAAAACGAGGUAGAAGUCGAGGCACCCGCCAGACAAAAACGACAGCUGCCUCACACGCAACUCGGACGGUAGCUCCACCGGGAAGCGGUAGGCCUACGAGUACGACGGGGAAUGAGCCCGGACAAGCCCCCGCAGCCACUGCAGCAGGAGCAGCGCCAGAACUCAUUGACGUUGAGCAGGGUCGUUCAUCCGGCCGUUCACCCAGCCGUUCAGCUAAGAGGCCAGCAGCUUCACAAGGGCCUGUGCUGCAAUUACCAUCCACCCAGGGUCAGACUCAGAGUUGUCCCAGGCCCAGCACUAGUAAUAAUACCGCAGGUGAGCCUUCUCGACCUGAAUACGUGUCAGUACAAAUACAAGAUAAUACAGAUUCGUUCUGCGUACCUGGCCAUACUAAUAAUAACAUUACAGGUCACGAAUCGCACAAUAUUAGAGAACGAAGUCAGUCUGGGAUGGUACGAGAGACCCCAUUCACAUCAUCCUUCCCCGCAAUUGUACCUCCUAGUGUUCAGAUAAGAACCGACCUAACUCAAAAUUCACACUGUGUCCAUGAUAAUGAGGCCACAGGGCCAAAUAACCAAACCAUAAUCAAUACAGAACGUAGACCUAACACAGAUAACAUGAAUAGAGGCUAUCUCCACCCUCACCAUUCCCCGUUAAACCCUGUAGGUGACACACUGGGUGUAUCUAUUCCCCAAAGCAUAAAAGAAAAGAUUUGGAAGGGGGAGUAUGUGGAUCUAAAUCUGUUAGUUAACGCCCAAGAUGUAGCCUCUAACACACUGCGCGAAGCAGCAGAACAGAGAACUAAUCUGGCGAUAGCCGAGGAGGAAGGAAAAUGGGUGUUAAAGCCCUACAAUGCCCCCUCCAAAAACAAAAUCAUGUCCAUUGAAAUUUGGACAAAUGCCUUCCUAAUAUACAUGAGCGUCUAUCUGGCAGCAAAUCCACGACACACUCAUGAAAUUCUGAAGUACUGUCACCUCAUUCGUUCUGCUGCUUCACGCUACUACGGAUAUGGUUGGAGGGACUACGAUAUAGAAUUUCGGCACCGAUUUCAUGCCACAGGGGGUUCCUGGGCGGAGAUAAACGGGGAGUUGUGGCUCCUCCACGUAGUAGGGGGUGGAUCUCCACGUUCGGCAAGGGGCCCUGCCCCCUUUCAUCAACAGUGGGUAAACAAAGAGGGCAAACGCCCAGGCGUGCCGGCUGCAAAUCUCGGACCGGCUAGGAAAAAGGGCCCUCAAUACGCACAGUCACAGGCAACCACUUUUCGCAAAUAUGGGGUGUGCCACGAACUCAACUUCAGAUCUGGUUCGUGCAAACGUAAGGACUGUAGAUAUGCCCACAAAUGUGUACAGUGCCACGCAAGCGGGCAUGGGAAAGUUCAUUGCCCACUCAAACAAACCAACGCAAUCAACACCACACAAAUUAAUAGACCUAACACACAAUAAGGGGCCAAACAAAGGAGACAUACACAAAAUCGAUAUCAAGGAAGUGAUGUCCUUGGCCCAUGUUCCAAUCAAGCUUCAGAAUCUAA